AUGGAGAAAAAAUUGGAUAAUUCCAUCUCAAGAGCUAAUAAUCAUGAAGAAGAAGAUAUCAAAAAAACUUUAAAGGAUGAUGAAUUCAAGUCAGCCAUAGAAGAGGUGAAUGAAAUCAAACUAGAGAACGCAAGAUUAAAGUUGUUGCUUCAACAAAUAGAAAAUGAUUACACGUCUCUCCAAACUCGCUAUUUCAAUAUUUGUCAACCAGAUCUCAAGAAGAGUGGCAGCCCAACAUGUACUCAUGAAAACAUUGCAGAUGAAGAAGAAUCUGAACUUGUCUCGCUUAGACUCGGGCGAAGUCCGAGUCCAAGCGAGUCCAAAAAAGUUGAUAAGAAAAGAAGUUAUGACAAGACAAUAGAGGACUAUCCUUCUUGUAAUGAUCAGUCCAAUGAUGGGCUUAAACUUGGGCUGGACUACAGCACUAGAAUAUCUGAAUCAGAUUUUAUAAAGCCCAGUAAUGAUCCAACCCCAGGCCCAACUAGUGAAGUUGUCAAGACAGUGAAAAGAUGUGAUGAUGAAAGUGUCAAAAAGGAUGCUGGUGAUGAUGAAAUUUCUCAGCCUAAUGUCAAGAGAGCUCGAGUUUCAGUUCGGACAAAAUGCGAUUACCCAACAAUAAAUGAUGGUUGUCAAUGGAGGAAAUACGGACAAAAGAUAUCUAGAGGUAACCCAUGUCCACGAUCAUAUUAUCGUUGCUCAGUGGCUCCAUUAUGCCCCGUGAGGAAACAAGUCCAACGAUGUCUCGAAGACAUGUCUAUAUUGAUCACAACAUAUGAAGGAACACAUAAUCAUUCACUUCCUAUUGAAGCCACAGCUAUGGCCUCUACAACUUCUGCUGCAGCCUCUAUGCUUCUUUCGGGUUCAUCAACAAGUUCUCAAAUAUCCAAAAAUUUCCCAAAUUUGCCUAAUAUUUCGAAAACUACACCUCUCUAUUUAUCCAAUUCAUCUUCAAAUCCUUUGCCCACCAUCACAUUAGACUUCACCACAUUCCCUACUACUUCAUCAUUCACUAGUUUCAAUUUCCCUUCCAAUUUCCAACCCGGUUCAGGAUUUCUCUCUAACAGCUUAAGCUUUUCCUCUCCCGAGUCCACCAUAAUGCCCAAAAUUUUGGGGAGUGGGGGUCUAAAUUAUGAUUCUACUAGUACAUUACCAUAUCACAAUAACCUCAUAAACAUUGGAUCAUCCCAAAAACAAUUUGACAAUAGUAGUAAUAAAUUGAAGGAGGAUUCUUCUCAACAGGCACUAACUGAAACAUUGACAAAGGCAAUUACAUCAGAUCCUAGCUUUCAAUCAGUGCUAGCUGCUGCUAUUUCAUCAAUGGUUGGUGCCACCAAAACUUGAAUUGGAAAUUGGAUGAGCAAAUUCAGUUUAGUGUAGUAUA